AUGUUAUCAACUGCAAGUACAUCGAAUCAACAUCAACCGAAUUUUUGGUUUCCUGGUAGUCCAUUGCCGUCAUUUUUUUCCUCAUCAUCAUCUUCGACAACAGGAGGACAAGAGAAAAUUUCUUAUAUUCAACAACAACCAACAACAACAAACAAAGCUCUUUUUGAUUCCAGUGCAUGUAGUUCAAGUUCAGGAAGUUCACCACCAUUAUCAAAUGAUUUUCUUACACGUUCAAAUCCAUCGGCAACCACAUUAAAUUUAACUCAAUUUAAUUAUAUUCAACAAAAUCAUCAUCACUCAUCUGUUCUAACACCACCAUCAAAUAAUUUUCUUCCUCGAGAUGAUUGGUCACAAAUACCAAUGGCACAAACAACUACUUCAAACACCUCCGCAUGGCAUCCACAACAUAUAACAAAAGGUGUUUCAAUGGAGAAUUCUCAAGUGUCACAUUAUUCCAGUAUGAUGACUGAUAAUGAAUUAUUAUCAAAAGAUAUGAAACGUAAAAGUAGUCGACCAACAUUUACUGGACAUCAAAUAUUUGCAUUAGAAAAAAUGUUUGAAAAUACGAAAUAUUUAGCUGGAACAGAAAGAUCACGACUUGCUUGUCAAUUAUCGAUGAGUGAAGCACAAGUAAAAGUAUGGUUUCAAAAUAGACGUACAAAAUGGCGAAAGAAACAUGCUUCCGAAAUUCAUGGAGCAUCCGGUAAACGAAAUAAACAACAAAGUAAUGAUGAAUCAAUUCCGACGAUUGAAUCAGAUUCAAAUUCAACUUAA